AUGAGUGAAGUACAGACCGUUAUGAAACUUGAAUUCUUACCAAAUGAAAUACUUAUGGAAUGUUUCAAAUAUCUCAACGCUUUGGAUAUUUUUCGUUCAUUUGAUCAGUUAAAUUAUCGUUUUUCUAAACUUAUUCGAAAUAUUUCAUUAUAUCUCAAUUGUCAAUAUACUUGCAAGUCAACAUUUGAUCAGUUUUGUAUGAAAAUGUUAUCAAAUCCAGAUAUAAAAAUACAAAUUCGUUCUUUACAUUUAUCAAAUAAGGGCAAAUGUGCUGUGAUACAGACAUUUCUGUCAUAUUUUUCACUCUAUGAAUUUUUUCAUCUUCGAUCAGUGACAUUGACGGGAGUCAGACAAAAUAAUGUGGAAAAACUCGAAUCAAUGUUACCAUUAAUGCCUGAAUUACUCCACUUCCAUUUCAUUGAUUCUGAAACUACAAUAGACAAACUAGUAUCUGCUCUUCUAAUGUCUAAGCUACGAACAUUAUCAGUAUCAACAUUGAAUGCUAGCUUAAUACCGAUGCAUCAAAUAUCAAUUACAAAAUUAACAAUUUCUUUAUGUUCUUUACACAAGUUAGUUGAAAUAUUGAAAUGUUUACCAAUGUUAAUAUAUCUAGAUGUUAAAUGUGUUCCAAACGAACGUUGUGGAUGGUUGAACAAUAAAAUAAAUUUUAUUGAUCAUUAUAAUAUUAAUCUAAAACAAUUAGUCAUGACUGAGUUAGAUUAUACAUUUGAUGAUCUAGUAAUGUUUUUAAAACGAACACCGAAUUUAAAAAGUUUAACGAUAUCUGCAGAUGAUAACAUAGACAUGAUUAAUGGUUAUCGAUGGGAAUAUUUGAUUACAUCUUCACUACCUUAUUUGGAUAUUUUCAAGUUUAAAUUCGCUUGCUCUCAUGGCAAUAAGAACAAUAACAUUCUUGAUAAGUUUGAAAAAUUUCAAAGUGACUUCUGGCAAGAACAACACCAUUGGUAUACUGAAUGUAAGUUAGAAACAGAUUCAGCACUUAUUUAUACAAUACCUUACAUAUCAAAUGUAUAUGUAUUGACACCGUAUACCACUAGAUAUUAUAAUAGGUCGAUAAAUAAUACCAACAUAUUCGACAAUGUAUCAAAUUUAAUAUUAUAUCAAGAAGCAAUAACACUCAAAGGUUCAUAUCACUUUUCGAAUGCUACAUCACUAACAUUAGAAAAUAAAUUAUGUUUUGAUGAUGUAGAUGAUCAAUUUCUAAAAACAGAACACAUACAUUUUUUGAAAAUGAUUGUUAAAUUAUCUAAUUUGAAACAUCUAACUAUUUCAUCAACUUGUGAAAUAGAGUCGUUAUUAGUAUUAUUACAACUACUAAGACAAACAUCACAACUAUCAUCAAUCACUAUUCAGCCAUAUCGUUUACGAUCAUUUUUCAAUGAUGAUGAAUUACGCAAAUAUUUGAAUAAAAUGAUUAAAAUAUUAGAUAUAUAUAUGUAUCCGUACGAUUCAUUCAAUAGUUCUGGUGAGAUAGAACAGUUUUGUAAAAUACUUUCAAAUAUCGAACAACUUACUUGUUACAUCAAUCAAAAGGAUCACCUGGUAUUUCUGUUAAAGCAUUUAUCAAAAUUAUCCGUUAUGAGAAUUUUUCUGCCGACGUUGGAUAAUCGUGAUUGUUUUACACGUUGGUUGAAAGAUGAAGCACGAAAACUAAAGUUAACACUUCACAUCGACUUUGAAAAUAAGUUUGAAAAAACCUUAUGUAUUUGGAUCGACAAAACUAUACGUUGA